AUGGCAAAAGUUAUAAGACCUCAAUGGGUAUUCAGAAAAGACAACAAAUGGGUUCGUUAUUUGCCUCGUCGACAUGAUGGUAUAGUCGGAGAAUACGAUUAUAAAAAAUAUUCGGCAACGUAUGAAGAUUUUUGCCAAACCCAAGAAGAAAGCCCUGCCGCCAGCACGUCCCCAUCCAAACUUUGGCUAGCUUGGCUAUACCGGGAGUUGAAUGGGGAGCCAAGAUGGACGCGCGCUCGUGUACACAAGCUUUUUGGCAUCGAUUACAAGCCAGGCCGCAUGGAAAUAUUCCCAAAUACUCCAUCGUAUAAUGAAGAGCUGUGGAAUAUAAAGCAUUUAAUUGAACUAAAACCCGUCACGUUUCCCAAUGGUGAGCCAACAGAGGCUGAUAUCACAACUUUGCAGAUUAACCCAGACGGACGUUGUGUGGUUUGUGAGAAAAAUCGAGUCAAUGAAGCCGAUCUAGUUUUAUAUGAUGCGAAAAAACAGUAUUCAUCUCGGGAAUUAUCACGGAAGCUGAAUCAAAACUACUAUGGCUUCAAGGAUGUGUUCGAGAAAAAUGUCUACACGCCGUCAAACAUCUCGAUAAUGAAA